AAUAAUAAAUCAAACACAAAUCCCAAAAUACCCCUACCACUACUAGCACACCGGAUUCUCUGGUCACUUUACCGACCAAUGGCCACUAUUCGAAAUCCCUAACCUUCUUCCACAUACUAACAGAACAGCAGCCACUACUUUCUCCAGCAUCUGCGGCCACUGCUCUGCGGUUCUCUCUCCACCGUUGUCGUUGCUACGUAAUGCCUCUCCACCGAGACCGCAACCUUUGAGCUCAUCGCCGAUCUCCUCUCCUAUCCUCUGCUCGUAUACUGCCUACUUCGGAAACUUAGACCUGGUAGCCUGAACAGUUUGAUGUCUGGGUCAGAUUUCAGAACCUUGCUAUGGAGUGUUAAUAUGCAUGAUUCCUGAAGCAGCUUGCUUCUGCUGAAAACAGACUCGCUGCCGUGCCAACGUGAUUUCUGCCCACCCGUUAAUCGGGGUGAAAUUUUGGAUUGUUGUUGAGAUUCUUUUGUUUUGGUGUGGCUAAGAAUGUCAUCGGGAAAAGUUGUUAAGAAAGCCAAGUACAAAGCCACUGUGAAGGACCCUGGUACUCCUGGUAUCCUUGUAUUGACUGAGGAAAAAUUUGUUUUCAAGCCCAAUGAUCCUACAUCAAGCAACAAACUUGAAGUCGACUUCAAAUUUAUAAAGAGUCAUAAACACACUAAAGAGGGAUCCAACAAACCACCAUGGCUUAACCUCACCCAUUCACAGGGAAGUUACAUAUUCGAAUUAGAAACCUUUUCAGAUCUUCAUGUUUGCCGGGAACUAGUGGGUAUUGCCCUUAGCAAGCAUGGAGAAGCUGCAAAAGUUGUUUCGGAGGAACAAUUGAGUGCUGCUGAAAUGGGACAAAGAAUUAAGCUAUUACAAGAAGAUAGCAAGUUGCAGAAGCUUCAUAAAGAACUUGUGGCUAGUGGAAAGCUGACAGAAUCAGAAUUUUGGGCCACAAAGAAGCAAUUACUUGAUCGAGUUGAAAACAGGAAGACAAAACAACAAAUUGGUUUUAAGAAUUCUUUGAUCUUCGACACAAAGCCUACAAGUGAUGGUCGGAUAAACCAGGUUAAAUUUCAAUUGACACCGGAGAUAAAAUAUCAGAUUUUCGCCCUAAAACCAGCUGUUCACCAGGCAUUCCUCAAUUUUGUGCCUAGUAAGAUGAGUGAAGUAGAUUUUUGGAACAAAUAUUUUAAAGCUGAAUAUCUCCAUAGUACCAAAAAUGCCGUUGCAGCAGCUGCGGAGGCAGCUGAAGAUGAGGAUCUUGCUGUUUUUUUGAAAGAUGAUGAGAUAUUGGAAAUUGAAGCUCGAAAGAAGGUUCGGCGGGUUGAUCCUACUUUAGACAUGGAAGCAGAUCAAGGAGAUGAUUACACUCAUCUUCCUGAUCAUGGAAUCUUCCGUGAUGGUACCAAGGAAAUAUCUGAAGCUCAAAAUUCUCUAUAUCGGAGAACAUUGUUGCAAGAUCUUAAUAGACAAGGUGCAGUUGUUCUUGAAGGGAAAACUUUAGAUAUAGAAAUGGAAAACCCAAGAGCAGCAGCAGAAGUUCUUGCCCGGAGAAAACAGGAAUCCGAUGGGGUUUUAGAAGAUGAAAGACAUAACAGAAUUUCUAAGAUGACCCAGAUUGAGGAUCUUCAGGCACAGGAUGAUCAUCGUUUUGCACCACUCUGCAUCAAGGAUCCUCGUGACUAUUUUGAUUCCCAACAAGUUAAUGCAGUAAAAGCAUUGGAUGAUUCCCAAGCUGGAAUGGAGAAAAUAAAAUGCAGUUUGAGUUCCGAGGAAGCCUACAGCUUUCUGAGGGAUUCCAUAUAUAAGAUCAAAGCUUCAGGAUUAAGGGAUCCUUUAUUUAGUCCUGAGGUUGCUCUCAAGGUCCUUAAUGAAUUGACCAAAAAUAUCUCAAGCACCAAAUCUCAUAUAGGGAAACAUUCUCAGGAUAGCGUCCUUGAUAUAUUGCCCACCUCAACUAAGGAGAAACUACUAGAUCAUUGGGUUUGCAGUCAGGAAUUGCUUAGGCAUUUUUGGUCUUCAUAUCCAAUUACAACACAAAACCUUGCAAAUAAGACCAGAAGACUAAAGGAUGCCAUAUCACAAGUGUAUUCUAAACUCGAGGAAAUAAAGGUAUCUGCAAAGUCGGACCUGCGGCACCAGGUUUCCCUUAUUGUCCACCCUAUGCAGCAGGCUCUUGAUGCUGCCUUAUUACAUUAUGAUGCUGACAUUAGGAAACGAAACGCAAAAGGAGCGAAGCCCAACGGUUUUUAGGAGGCAUUCUCCAGCAUCAUCCCAAACACAGUUUAGGGGUGUAGAUUCCGACAAUUUUGCCCAGACAUGAAAAGCCAUAUUGCUAUUCUUCUAUAUACCAUGGUGAAAAUUUAAAGUAGUAGCGCGAAUCUUAUUAUAUAGUUAUUAGUUAACAUGCAACACUGAAUUAACAUA